GAAAUCUCGGUGAGAAGUCUCUAACAGCGCUCGCAGCUGCAGCUCCAGCAGAGAGCACACAGACACCGGCUACAGAGUGGAUUAUGAAGCAAGCAACCCGAUUUAGCACAUCGGGACCGAUUUAGGCUCUUCUGUUCAACUUUUGCUUUCUUCUCAGGCUGUCUUAAUACUCUGUAUCCUCGCUUAAAUAGAGAGAUUCUUAUAAGAGGCAGAAUGUCCGUAGUAGGAUUUGAUUUAGGUUUUCAAAGCUGUUAUGUGGCUGUAGCCCGAGCUGGGGGGAUUGAGACAAUCGCCAACGAGUAUAGCGACAGAUGUACACCGUCAUUUGUAUCGUUCGGACCAAGAAAUCGAACCAUUGGAGCUGCUGCAAAGAGUCAGGUGGUGACCAAUUACAAGAACACAAUCCAGGGUUUCAAGCGUUUCCACGGCAGAGCUUUUACAGACCCAUAUGUCCAGGCAGCAAAAUCCAACUUGGUAUACGACCUGGCACAGAUGCCCAAUGGAGCCACCGGCAUUAAGGUGAUGUACAUGGAGGAGGACAGAGUCUUCAGUAUUGAGCAGGUCACUGGGAUGCUGCUGACCAAACUGAAGGAGACCGCUGAAAGUGCACUCAAGAAACCAGUGGUGGACUGUGUGAUCUCAGUUCCCAGUUAUUACACAGACGCAGAGAGGAGGUCUGUCAUGGACGCAGCCCAAAUCGCAGGCCUCAACUGUCUACGGCUGAUGAACGAGACAACAGCAGUGACCCUAGCAUAUGGCAUCUAUAAGCAGGACCUCCCAGCGCCGGAGGAGAAGCCGCGGAUCGUGGUGUUUGUGGACCUGGGGCACUCAGGUUACCAGGUGUCAGUUUGUGCCUUCAACAAGGGAAAACUCAAGAUCCUGGCCACAGCGUUUGACUCAGACCUCGGGGGUAAGGACUUUGACGACAUCCUGGUGAACCACUUCUGCGAGGAGUUCAGGCAGAAGUACAAGCUCGACGUAAAGUCGAAGCCACGGGCACUGGGCCGGUUGUACCAGGAGUGUGAGAAACUGAAAAAACUGAUGAGCGCGAACUCCUCAGACCUGCCCCUUAACAUUGAGUGUUUCAUGAAUGACAUCGACGUCUCCGGCAAACUCAACAGGGGUCAGUUUGAGGAGAUGUGUGCGGGGCUGCUGGCCAAAGUGGAGGCUCCCCUUCGCAGCGUCAUGGAACAAGCCAAGCUGAAGAAAGAGGACAUUUAUGCAGUGGAAAUCGUCGGCGGUGCCUCCAGAAUUCCCGCCAUCAAAGAGCGAGUCAGUAAAUUCUUCAGUAAAGAGCUCAGCACCACUUUGAACGCAGACGAGGCCGUGGCACGCGGCUGUGCUCUGCAGUGCGCCAUCUUGUCACCGGCAUUCAAAGUCAGAGAGUUUUCCAUCACAGACGUCGUUCCAUAUUCAAUCUCACUGAAAUGGCAUUCAGCGGCAGAGGAGGGACAGAGCGAUUGUGAGGUUUUCCCCAAGAACCACGCUGCUCCUUUUUCCAAAGUCCUGACGUUCUACAGAAAAGAACCAUUCUCUCUGGAAGGAUACUACAACAGCCCCAAAGAACUGCCCUACCCCACAGCCACCAUCGGCCAGUUCGUAGUCAAAAACGUGAUCCCGCAGCAGUCGGGUGAGAGUUCAAAGGUCAAAGUGAAGGUCCGAGUCAACAUCCACGGCAUCUUCAGCGUCUCCAGCGCCUCUCUGGUGGAGGUGGUCAAAUCCACAGAGGGGGAGGAGCCUAUGGAAACCGAUCCAAUCACUGCAAAGGAAGAAGAGAAUAAAAUGCAGGUGGAUCAGGAGGAGCAGAAAAUGCCUGGAGGUGCGGGGGAGAAGAAGUCAGAGGCUGAGGAGAUGGAGACAUCGACAGAGGACUCUAAGGAGGAAAAGAAGAACGAGCCGCCCCAACCCAAAAAGGCAAAAGUCAAGACGAAGACGGUGGAGCUCCCCAUUGAGAACAGUUUGCACUGGCAGCUGUCCACAGACGUGCUCAAUGGGUUUGUGGAGAAUGAGGGCAAGAUGAUCAUGCAGGACAAGCUGGAAAAAGAGAGAAAUGACGCCAAGAACAAUGUAGAAGAAUAUGUUUAUGAGAUGAGAGACAAACUGCACGGAGUACUGGAGAAAUUCGUCACCGAAGCAGAUCGCGAUACAUUCUCUUUGAAACUGGAGGAUACAGAGAACUGGCUUUAUGAAGAUGGAGAGGACCAACAGAAACAAGUUUACAUUGACAAACUGUCUGAACUUAAGAAAAUGGGUCAGCCGAUAUGUGACAGAUACAUGGAGGCAGAGGAGCGGCCGAGAGCGUUCGACGAGCUCGGCCAACAGAUCCAGCAAUACAUGAAGAUCAUCGAAUGUUACAAAGCAAAAGACGAGCAGUACAACCACCUGGAUGAGCUGGAGGUGACCCGGGUGGAGAAACAGGUGAACGACGCCAUGGUUUGGAUGAACAGCAAAAUGAACCAACAGAACAGUCAAGACCUGACUGUGGACCCAGUGGUCAAGGUCGCAGAGAUCCGCGGAAAGGCCAAGGAGCUCUACUCGUCCUGCAACCCUGUCGUCACCAAACCAAAACCCAAAGUGGAGUCACCGAAAGAGGAGAAAGCGCCCACGAACGGGCCCGUGAACGGACACGACGAGCCUGCGCCCACAGAGGACAAAGCCACGCCCACAGGCAAAGGGAAGGAGACGCCGGAAAACAAACUGCCCCAAAUGGACAUCGAUUAAAUCCUUUACGUCAACAGCUGCAGUUCCCUUCCUCCGUGCGUCCUGCCGCUCCUGUCCUGAUAGCUGAUUUUUUUAAGAUUGUAAAAUGGUGGCAGUAGAUUAUUGUUUUUGAAGAAAUGAGAAGUCUGUACAAAACCCAGCACUGUUCGUUAAAUCGGCCGACUGUUGGCAUGGUUUAAUUUAUAUAUUAUUUUUGAUUUCAACAUUAGAUAGAAUGUUGAUAACGAUUACAAAUUUGUGAGUGUAUUUUCGAAAAUGGCUUUAUUUUCUGUGUUGCUGAUAACAUUUACGUUACAUUAAUAGAAAUAUGAUUGUUUUAUGCUUUGAGAUUGACAAAAGAUGUGGAACAGUAAAGCAGUUAUCCAUAAAUACUGAAACAUUGUAUGUAUAUGAUUGCCGUAAGCGAGGUUUUGGGACUAUUGUAAACUAUGUGGAUUGUUCUAGGGCUGUAUAUGACAAUAGUGCUUUUUCACUUAAAUAACUGCAACUGCUGCAUACCGACGUAUUUUGUUUAAGGAAUGUUUCUGUUCACUUUACCUGUUCUGUCCGUUAAAGCUAGUUGAUACUACGA